AUGGUCGAGGAGAAAAAGAGAACAAAACUGAAUGUUCCAGAAAAACAGCCGGCGAAAAAGGCAAAGUUGGACCUCCAGAACCUAAAGCCAUCUCAGACCCUCUACAUCAAGAACUUGAAUGAUAAGAUCAACCCAAAGAUCAUAAAGCACAACCUCUAUUUGCUCUUCUCGACUUACGGGGACAUAAUUGACAUAAAGAACAACAAGAGAGGUCAAGCUCAUAUCAUAUUCACCAAUGUCGCAGGAGCAAGUUUGGCGCUUAAAUGUCUCCAGGAUGAAGAGUUCUUUGACAAGAAGUUGGUUAUAAAUUAUGCAAUCAAAGAGUCUAAGAUAGUAGAAAGGGCUAGAAAAGAGGAGGAAGAGAUAGAAGGAUAG